AUGGGAAACGUAACAGUGAUAACGUACUCGAUCGCUGCUUUCCCAGAUCAGGUCCUGGAAGUCAUAUCUUUGUAUGGGUUUCUCUACAAUAUUUCUGCGUUCCUUGUCCCUUGGUUCAUCAAUACUUGGGUUGAAGCUGUUGGUAUGGUACCCGCCAGCCUCUCAGCCCAACAUAGACUAACAAGUGGGUUAGGUUUGACCUGGAGUUUUGUCACCCAAGGUCUUAUCACUCUUUUGGUAAUCCCAUGCGUCUUGAUCCUUCAAACGUGCGAUCGAACGCGAGCAAAACACGGCCAUAAUGCGGCGUAG